UGAUGAUUUGGUUUUAGGAAAUAGGUAGGGGAAGGGGAGAGGGAGAGAAUUUGAUACCUCUGGGAUGACAGAAUGGAACGGGCGUGUACAAUCAUCUUCCGAAUGGUUAAUGGCAUUUUGAUUACGAAGAUAUGAAGAUACGAAGAAGCUGAACAUCUGCUCUAUGGAACCUAGUGCAUCUGCUGGGGGUCACUACUGCCACCACUGCCACCACUGCCACUACUUAGGCAGAGCUAGAACCCCACAGUGACGUUUUUACACUACCUUAAGCAUCUUAUCUUAUCUAAAUGCACUUUUCGGAUUAGACGCGACUCGGCGCGUAUAUUGAAAGUUUACCGUUAUAUGUUAGGUGCAUUUAUUUGAGGUAAUCACCGUACAUCACUCAAUUCUAAUCCGUCAACCUUUCUCUGCGAAAGUACCUAGACAUGCCCCUCUUAUCUGGUAGCCGCCGGCUACAAUCCGCCGCCGAGCAUAAUCGCGGCCGACCGAGCACAUCAUCCUCUCGUAUCCAACGAGACAACGGCCCUGUCGAGCUGCCAGAAUAUGAACCUCUCGCAUGUCCCCUCAGCGCCGAAGCUAUACGCGCGUUAACCCAAUUGUCGACGAGCAAGGAUAUGCGAAAGUACGAGGAACAAUUGAACAAGAGCAUAGAGCUUCUGAGCGCCAGCGUGCAAAAUAUCAACGACAAAUAUGAGGAGAGGAAAGAGAGUCUCAAGAACCUCCAGGAAAAGCGAGCCGGCCGCGAUGAAAAGAACGAUCGGGAGAGGGCCGAGGAGAAAGCCGUGUUGGCGCUGAAGAAUGACGUACCCAUGUUGACAAACGAAUGCAACCUCGCCGUCCAGAGCGUUAUCGACUUGAAGAUAGAGCUCGAGGACAGUAACCUAGCGCUACGGGGGACGGCGCAGAAGGUUGAGGCUGAAGCUACGAAUGCGGCCCGAAGACAAAGACACCAGGACGACGACGACGACGAGAUGGCAGAUGCUAAUAUCACGAGCCCGAUAAUGUUACUACAGCGAGCCAAGGAGAGGGCGGCCGAGGAAUACGCCUCGAAGACUCCGUAUGAGAGAUACGGUACAAACAACGAUUACGUUGGCUUCAAACGCUUCUGGCACGACGCCGUGUACGGGAGAGGCAAUAAGCCGUUGCCAGAUGCAUCUAAAUGGUUUUCGCACAACGGGGGAGAGGACGAGGCGAGUGAAGACGAGGAUCUGAUUGUUGCCGAGGAGCACCUUGACAUCCACUGCCCCCUGUCCAUGGUGGUCAUGAAGGAUCCGUAUACGAGUAUAAAGUGCAAGCACACGUUCGAGAAAGACUCGAUUAUCCAGUUUCUCCAAACCCAACGUGGGCGAGCACGGUGUCCACAGACAGGCUGUAAUAAGGAGGUGUCGGUUUCUGAUUUCCAUCCCGACCCGGUCAUGUUGCGCAGAAUCAAGCGACAACUGGCCUCGCAGCGCGCGAGUAUGGCUGAUGAUGACGAGGACGAAGAUGAGGAUGGUGAGGGUGAUGAUGGUGAGGGUGAGAGUGAACAGGAUGUCGACGUCGAGGGCGAUUCGCGUAUGAGUGCGACUCCUGGCCGCAACAUCAAGUCAGAACGAGAGGGUAGAAGCAGAGGACAGCAAUUAAUCGAUGACCUUAUACAGUAGAGGACGAAUAGGAGGCAUAGGAGACAUAGCUCACCUAUGUAUCCUCCAUCUGGUGAGAUAAUGGAGGACUUAUUAAGACGGGAUCGUAGUCCUAACGUCUGAGAUAGCUUAAGCCAAGACCAGAGCAAA